AUUUCAGCCGUUGUUUACUGACAGUAAGACGCCCAUAUGCGUGUUUAGCACGGCGUUAAGAUUCCCCGCGGCCUGUCAUUAAUUAAGUGUGUGGACUCAUGUGAAUAUGGCAGAAGAGGGAGCGGCUGUGAUGCAGCAGAUUGUGGACAGGAGUUGUUGGGUGUGUUUUGCCACAGAUGAGGAUGACCGUACGGCGGAGUGGGUGCGUCCAUGCCGCUGCCGUGGUUCGACUAAAUGGGUUCAUCAGUCGUGUCUUCAGCGCUGGGUUGAUGAGAAACAGAGGGGCAACAGCAUCGCACGUGUCACCUGCCCACAAUGCAAUGCUGAAUACCUUAUCGUGUUCCCUAAACUCGGGCCGGUGGUGUAUGUGCUGGAUCUGGCCGACCGGUUGAUCUCGAAGGCCUGUCCGUUUGCUGCGGCCGGUAUCAUGGUGGGCUCUAUUUACUGGACGGCCGUCACAUACGGCGCGGUGACUGUCAUGCAGGUUGUGGGUCAUAAGGAAGGUCUGGAUGUGAUGGAACGAGCCGACCCUCUCUUCUUGUUGAUUGGUCUGCCAACCAUCCCAGUUAUGCUAAUUCUAGGGAAGAUGAUUCGCUGGGAGGAUUAUGUGCUCCGCCUCUGGAGGAAAUACUCCAAUAAACUUCAGAUCCUCAACAGUAUUUUCCCAGGUAUCGGCUGCCCAGUGCCGAGGAUCCCGGCGGAGGCCAGUCCGCUGGCCGAUCAUGUGUCUGCCACACGCAUCCUGUGCGGCGCCCUCGUGUUCCCCACCAUCGCCACCAUCGUAGGUAAACUGAUGUUCAGCAGCGUCAACUCAAAUCUUCAGAGGACCAUUCUGGGUGGCAUUGCCUUUGUGGCUAUUAAAGGGGCAUUUAAGGUUUAUUUCAAGCAGCAGCAGUAUCUCCGACAAGCUCAUCGCAAGAUCCUCAAUUUCCCUGAGACGGAGGAGGCCUGAGCUCAUCAUCAAACCUCUGCUCGAUUCCAUCCACGAGACUUUUCACUGACGCUGGAUUCAGUGAAUGUGACUUCUGCUUUUGGAGUUUGAACAGUGAUUCAGUUAUGUUUCAGUUGUGUGUUACUCAUUUUAUGGGCUUUGACAUUUUAAGAAAGAAAAUAAAUAUUGAAAGGUUUUAUAUUAAGUGGUUGUUUUUUAUUGAAUUAGAAAUGUUCAGGUGAAUCAUCAAUGUUAAAUACUAAAGGCCAAUGUAAACAUCUCUUAUAAAAUCAUCUUUUUUGUUGUUCUUCUCGAAGGAAUUUCACAAAGAAAUAUCCCCAUAUUUUACACCUAAGUCAAAAAAAAAACAAUUGUUUUGCAUAUUAAAAAGGCAAGUCCGGUCACAAUUAUUUUUGUUUCAAUUUAGAACAUAUUAUAUAUACUAUUAAAAUUAUACUUAACUAAUUUUCAAUUAGAGAUAUUUGUUUUGUUUUAGCAUUUAAUCAUGGAAAUUAUUUCUCAAAUCUAAAAAGUCACAUUUAUUUUUUUUUAAAUGUCAAUUUUGUGAUUGAAAUAAGAUGAUAUCUGUGAAAUUGACCAUCUUGUCUGCCUUCACAUCAUUGAAGCGAUCAGAUGAUCAGGUUUAAUUUCCUUCUUUGUGCUGAGUUUCAGGGAGUCCCUUUUAUAGUCCGUCUGUUAAUGACCCUGUACAAAGAGAGAAUCCAGUGUUUGGUCUGUAAUCGAUCACAUUAUUAAAACAUUAUGGUAUUCGAUGACUCAUAACUGCUGUUAAUAAACCUGUUCCAUUUAUUCCCAGAGAUAAGUAGUCUUGUGUAGAACAGUGAACUUUAAGAGUAUUAGUGGCCUUUUUAUUACACCAGGACAAUAUAUGUCUUAAAGGUUACAUGGUUCGGAUGGACAGGUUUAUUUGGUGAACAUGCCAUUUUUCUUUUUUUCUGAAUCAUUGUGUCUGAUGACUUCGAAUUAAUGUAGUGCUUCUUUUUUCAUCUCUGUGAAGUUGCAUGGAUGAAGUUGGGAGGGAAAAAAAGUAUAUAAAUUCAAUGCAUACUACUACUGUUUUGUAAUGGUAGUACUCUGCAGCGGGAUGCAGGUGUUUUAUUUUAAAGAGGUUGUGCAAUUAAUUAAACUUCACACGUAAUUAGCUUUUGGAGCACUAUUUGUCCAUAGAGCUCAAGUACAUUAUUACAGAUUCUUGCUGUAAAUGCUUUAUGGUGACGUAGUGAGACUUGGGUCUCUGCAGAGCAAACGUGGGCGUUGUUAUGACUUUGUGGGUGUUUUGAAACUGCUGGGUGUUUCUAAAUCAUGCAAUCAAAAUGAUCCCCCUUACCUAACCCCACCCCUAAACCUACCGUCACUAUGACGUCAGCCAAUCAGGUAUCAUGGUCUAAAAACACCCUUAUCUGGUUACUCCCAUUACUUUCCUGCAGAGACCUAUACUCGGACAUAGUUGCUAAGAAAUAGUUUAUGUACACUGAGUGUAGAAGUAUUAGACAAGUUUUUCUGUUGACUUUCUUUUCAUCAUCUGUAUAGUAUGAGUGGGGUAUGUUAGUCUCCUGUUGUACAGAUGAAGCAUAAUGCCAAAUAUAGAACAUGUUGUACAGAUAUGGCUUCUGAAUUUAUCGUUUCUCAGUUGAUUUAUGUAAAUAAAUGUAUUUUUCCAAUGCC